CCUCAUAGAGCGCAUGCGCACGGAUUUGAAGAGAAUACGCCAUAUUGAAUUCCCGCAGGAAUAGGAUAGCAUUUUUUCCAGCUAGCGUUGUGAAGGGGCCACUUUAUCAAUGGUCCUAAUUCGGUUUUCUGUUUAGAUAUUUCUCUUUUCGUAACCCCGGACAGCGUAGCGACCUUUUAACGGCCCAGGAAGUCGGGCAGAUAGCGUCACAACGGGCUCGCUAGCGCUAGUUAGAUACUUGCAGGGGGUGGGGGGGGUUACCAGAGAGAGAAGUUGAAUGGAUCCGAGGGUAGCUUGGAUUCAGCCCGAACAGAAAGGACCUGCUAACACCUUAUGGAUGCACGUCUGGAAGACCUCUCAGGGAGUACGGACGGUCUCCGCGGAGCAGCACCACCACAAUCAAAACCACAGCCAGUCUGUAAAUUACGCAGCGUUGGAUGUUUUACAAAAUGUGGCGACCGCGGCAGCAUCGAGCAAGAGCGUGUGCAACAGUAACGGCAACGUUACUGCCGGUCUGAACAACGGUAAUAGCCAUCACAGCAUCAUGAACGGCACUAGUAGUUUUAACGGCACUGCGAUUUCCUCGAUGGGAACAGCGCUUUCCAGCGGGAACGUACGUAACUCUUUCACCACGGUAAACGCUUCUCAACCAGGUGAGGGGAAAUCUCUGCCCCAGAAAUCGGGAUCUGUCUCUUCCUCAUCCCCAUCACAGGAAUCCGGGACGGACAGUCCCCCUUCUAGCUGCUCCCUUGGAGGAAGGACUAUGGGUGGAAAUGUAACGAGCAACAUAAAUAAAAACGUCGGGAGUACCAAUAUGCUCCUCAGCUUGAGCAACACCACGGACAAUAAUGUCAACCUUUACCACCACCAUCACCGUCACCUACAGGAGCACCCGGUUUUCAGUUCACAGCAGAUUUGCGUGAAUCGUGAUCAAGUUCACCCCUGUGUAACGUUACCUGUGAAUCACACACACAAUCACCACCCAGGCCGAAGGAAAAGGGACAACAAGGCGAGCACCUAUGGGAUGAAUUACUUGGUUUCAAACUGCACUAACGGCAAUUACGCGAGUACUUGGACGCCCUGGAAGACGAGGAAGUACAACCCCGGGGUUCUCGGACUCCACGAGGAGGUGAUGGACUUCUACAGCUUCAUGUCUCCACGGCCAGAGGAAGCAGCUAUGAGGGAGGAGGUGGUCAGCCGGAUAGAGAUGAUCAUCAAGGAGCUAUGGCCCACUGCAGAUGUUCAAAUAUUUGGCAGCUUCAGCACAGGGCUGUACCUUCCAACAAGUGACAUUGACCUGGUGGUCUUUGGGAAGUGGGAACGCCCCCCGUUGCAAGAGCUAGAACAAGCCCUUCGCAAACAGAACGUGGCAGAACCUUUCUCCAUCAAAGUGCUGGACAAGGCUACAGUGCCAAUCAUCAAGCUGACAGAUCAGGAGACUGAGGUGAAGGUGGACAUCAGUUUCAAUGUGGAGACUGGAGUCAAGGCAGCAAGCUUCAUUAAAGACUAUGUUAAGAAGUAUCCAGUGCUGCCUUAUCUGAUCUUUGUACUGAAGCAGUUUCUGCUGCAGAGAGAUCUAAACGAAGUCUUCACGGGGGGCAUCAGUUCUUACAGCCUCAUCCUCAUGGUCAUCAGCUUCCUACAGCUCCAUCCUCGUAUUGAUGCCAGGAACCCUAACCAGAACCUGGGGGUCUUGCUAAUCGAGUUCUUUGAGUUGUACGGCCGCCAUUUCAACUACUUGAAAACAGGCAUUCGCAUCAAAAACGGAGGCGCAUACCUAGCCAAAGAGGACCUCAUGAAGGACAUGACAAAUGGAUACAGGCCAUCCAUGCUUUGCAUAGAGGAUCCACUGCUUCCAGGUAAUGAUGUGGGCAGAGGUUCCUAUGGUGCCAUGCAUGUCAAGCAGGUGUUUGAUUAUGCCUACACUGUCCUAAGUCACGCUGUGUCACCGCUUGCACGGUCAUAUCCCAACAAAGACUGUGAAAGCACACUGGGCAGAAUAAUCAGGUUGACCCAAGAAGUGAUCAACUACAGGGAAUGGAUCAUUAAGAAGUGGGGGGGCAGGGAUCUGGCACGAACAGACAACAGAGCUUCACCUCCCAAGGAGCCGGUAUCAGAGCAGGAACGCUGUGUGCUGGGUGGUGGGUCAGAGGAGCAGCAGAGGGACUCUGUAUCACCCCACAGUGCAGACUCCCCCAUGUCCAUCUCCAGCCCCCAGCAGCACUCGUCAGCCUCCUCCGUCUCCUCGCUGUCUGGAUCAGACAACGUACAAAGACACGUUUUUGACUCUGAUUCAUCGCUGCCGUGUCCUGUCCCUCCACCAACCCUGCCUCCGUACACGUCUUUCCCACCUCUGGGCCUAGCUUUGCCGCAAGUUCUCAACAUGGGUACCAACAAGCCCAGCAUGGGAGGACACCAUCUGCUCAUGCCUCCAGGCUCACAGGCUCACGUCUCACUGCCCGGUGGUCUAGCAGUGCACUCCAUACCUGGCAGACAGAACACAGCCAAGUUCAAUAUGAAGGGCUUCCACAACCCAUUACUGGUCACCAACCCUGUUCUGGCAAACCGCGGACACACUCACACGCACACACAGUAUCAACGUAACACUUGGCGACGCAGAAAGAGGGACAGCCUACCGGUUAGCCUGAGCAGAUAGAAACCACUCCUCUUCCUCUCACUUCUCCUCCCUCUAUUCCUCUCUGGCUGCAAACCCCCAGCUCUUGGUUUGUGUCACAGAAGGAUGGACAGGCAGACAGAGGACCAGAGACAGCAGUGUUCAUUUGGGGCUGCCACAACAUGGAACCUCCUACUUUUUUUAUCUUUCCAUAUCUGCAUGACUCUUUCUCACAGUUUUUUUUUUUUUGUCAGUAUUAUGUUUCUGUCAGUAUUUUUUUUUCCUCAUCUUGGUUUCAGGUCUGUUCCUGUUUCCGUUGGUUUGGUUUUGUUGGACUGGGGACCUGGUAGGGUCAUUUGACCUCAUCCUGAUUCUCCCUGCCCCAGUUUUUUUUUGUUUGUUUGUUUGUUUUUUUGGGUGAUAUACUUAAGAGGAUGGUUUUCAUU